AAUGUAUGUAUUGAGUAAAGUGUUUAAUCAUCACUACGUCUGGUUCCUUACAUGUUCCCACCUUGGUAAACUAACAGUGAAGUGAAUUAACGUUGUUUUACUUAUUCACGAGAAUAAAAGUUACUUUCUUUUAUUAUUUACGUUCUCUUUCUAUUGUCAUUUAUAAUAAAUAAGCUUUUGGAGCAAAUUGAUUCAAAUGGCAAUUCAGCUUGGAAAUAAGGUCGCAGGAGGCUUCCAACAGUUUGUGGAUCUAUUAUUAACAAAGACGCCUCUAUUUACUGUUGUAGUUGCACUCAUUACAUUCGUCUGUGGCAUUUUAAACAUCUUUCUACCUGUUACUUCCUUCUUUGGCUUAAGCGUAACCAAUAUUACUCUGUUUAGAUUUCAUACAUUGAACACUUAUCCAUUAGUUCAUCAUGGAUUCUUGACAUUCCUUUUCGGUCUCGCCGGUAUAUUCUUCUUAAUGCCCCGUUUUGAAAGACGGUACGGUACUUUAUGUACUAUUGCUAUGUUUUUUGGUUUUUUGGAAGCUAUUCCCGGAAUCGCCUUUUUAAUUGCUUGUUAUGUUUCUAAGUCAGAUACCGUCUUUGUUGGAAUUAGUGGGUGGACGUUCUCUUUAUUGACAAUGUACUUGAUGAAUCUUUUCUAUGACCUUCAUCCCAAGGUGUUGGCACUUCCACAACUGGUUCGUAUGGUCCUGGCUAUCGCCGCUCCUAUGUUGAUACUUCCUUUUGACUUUUCCGAGAGUGUUGUUUUACAUAUAACUGCUGUUAUUCUUUCUAUAAUCUUUUCUUUGGCUUAUAUUGAUAUUUUAGUACCUCGUGCAGGAUUCCUUGUUUGGGUGGAGACUAAACUCUCUCGUGUCGUUGAUGCUAUCCCUAACUACAUUUCUGUCACAGAGGCUGCUUAUUAUCAAGGAGAUGCCUUACCUCUACAUGACUUGGGUAGUAACAGUGCAGGAAUUGUUUAAUUAAGUUUUAAAAUAGGCCCCCUUUUUUUUUCUCAGUAUUGUUAGUAUGGCUUUUAAUCUUUCGUCUGCAAUGUUACUGAAUACAUUUUAAGUAGAUCUUAUCAAGAUAUUUUAAUCAUCUGAACUUGAAAGCUGUCAGGCUUUGUUUACGAACUAUUCUUUUGACCUUAGUGCUUUGAAUAAAAAUUGCUGAUUUCGU